AUACUGAUUUAUGUUUUGCUUCCAAGUGAUCUUAUUAAUUUGAUAAAGUCAUUCGCAAUUGGAUCAUGGCCAAAGCUCCUUCGAUCAUAUCAAAAAAUGGACUAAUUAAACGAAUAUCAACCGAUCAGCGCGAAGACGUCUUAUCUAGCUGCCCAAAUUUAUUCAAUUCUGUUGAAGUUGAGCAGGAAAAUCAGAAUUUAUCAAAUGCAAACAAUCAGUCGAAUAAGAUGAAUCAGCGGGAACGCUGCAUUGGAACAUCAAUUGAUAUGUUUUUGGAUUAUAAUGACUAUCUGGACGAAGAAGAGAGAGCACUGACAGAAUUUAUUUUUGAAAAAGAUAAGGCUAGAGUUAAGUUGGAAUUUGAGAAACAAUUAGAUCAUUUGAAAACUGCCACACAGACAUUUUUCCGGGAGAAACGAGACAAAGUUAAGGCGCUAAAAAAUUCUCAAAAAAGAUUAAGUCGAACAAUUGAAGAUAAUCGAAAAGCUUGCAAACUAUUCGUAGAACAAAAUUUAAUGAUUCUUUUACGAAGUAUUUCUUAUACCCCGCAAGAAUAUUCAAUGGGAAAACUUGAAAUAACUGGAAAAUUAGUAAAGCUAGUUAUCAUUUAUCAAUCCGAAAUGGCUAAUUGUAAAGUUGUCAGGGGGAUGUGUGUCAACAAUAACGAAAUAUACAUAAUAAAAUGGUCAAGUUUCCUCCCGACUACUUCCACAAUUUGCAUAUAUAAUUUAGCAGGCAGUUAUGUACGAGAUGUGAGCAAAACACAAGCAGAGCUUACGGCGAUAGAAUCGAAGGACAAUGGACUCUUUUAUGUUGCCGACAUGACGAAUAAUUGUAUCAUGCAGUCGAGAGAUUGCAAAGAAUUCGAUCAACUGAUAGAAGUCGAAUAUCCUCAAGGUAUAGCCAUUUGUUCAGAUGGAAUUAUAAUUGCCUGCGACGAUCCAAAAACAUCUCAUGAACAUACUGUUAACAUUUUUAAAUAUACUUUCGAUGGAGAUUUCAUUUUCCAUUACAAAGACAGAUGUCACUCCCUGUACAAAAUUUGUUGUUCGGGAUAUAAUUUAAUAUGUACUCAUGAUCACGACAACGAAAUAAUGGUUUUGGAUACGGAAAAGAAUCAAAAAACCAGAUUGAUUCUUGAGGAAGGCUAUACUCCAAUUGGAGUUUGCUCUUUACCAAACGGAGCUUUUGCGAUUGCUAAUCAUAGUAAAAUGAGCUUAACAAUUUAUGAUAACACAAGUUUGGAAAUAUGCGAACUGCAAUUGAGUGAAAAACCAGUGCACCUAAGCUUUUAUGAAAAUGAUUCGAACUACUAUCUUGUUUGUUACGCAGUAUAUUGA